AUGGCGGCCUGGCAGGUUCCUCUUUGGUAUUACUUCAGUAUCAUGUAUAAGGUGCCGCACACGGAAAUGUGUAAAAAUGACGAGGUAGGAGGUAGUACGGUGGUAGCCGAGGGUAUCGUAGGUGGCAUAAGGGGCCCAGGCGGCGGGUGCCGCGCAUCCUCGAUGACGAUGGCCGAGAGCGCCGUGGAGGACGCCGCUGCCGCGCCCCCGGGCCCGGCCAAGCCGCCACCGCCCUCCUGUACGAACAACAACACCCUCGCGGCCACGGCCAACCGCAACCAUCGGAACCCCCGCAAGAAACGGAGGCGACUAGAACAGGUCGUGGACACGUUGCAGGCCCACCGGAGUUCGCCUUCCGAGGGCGAGGUACUGAGAUUCGAGGGUAACGGUCCCGCAUCCGAAGAGGAGGAUGUCUUUGGCUCGCCGAGGUCAUCGUCCUCUCGUUCUGCCCUGGACACCACUCCGGUGAGCCAGUUGCCAUUGAGGUUGAAAGACGCGGAAUCCGUGACAUCGACGGGGGAAGAGCUCAACGAUGCCGGUCAAUAUCAUCAUCCCCACCGACCAUAUCGUUAUUCAUAUCAUCAUCAUCACCAUCAUCGACACCGUUACUCGCCCUAUCAGAACAAUCACCGAUUGUCGGCGUCCAAGUACGCCGACUGCAUGUGCAGUCAGUGCACGCAGCUGGCCGCGUCGAUAAUGCUGCCGUCGGCGACUUCCUUGCAAACGCCGCUUUCGCGGCCCAGUUUCUCGUCCUACAGCAGUAUAUGCGGCACGUACACCAUAUUCGAGCAGUAUAUGCACACCAAGUACCUGUCGUCGCCGUCAUCGAGCGACACGUUUCGCGGUCGCAGCCACUCCGACUCGGACGUAGUGCCCAGGUGGGAUGAGACCAGGGUACCCGCCUCGACCUCCUCGAUCGUCAACCAUCCGCCCCGCAGCAGUUCCCUGGAGAGCGACGGCACGAGUCCUCAGGAGUCACCGUUGGAUCUCUCCAUGAAGAAUCUAACGAUGCAGUCCGCCGCCGCGGCCGCCGCGGCGGCUUCCGCUAGACCGACCCUUCAGCUUCUACCGUCCGGCAUCGUGACGCGGGGUUCCGUCAGCGUACCCGUGGUCAGGGGUGACGUCGCGUCGCCCACCACGAAAGAGACCGUCGCAGUGCGGUACAACUUGGAGGUCCUGCCUGUGGUCGAGGAAAUGGCACCGGGCGCGGAUGUGGCUUAUGUAUGCCCAGAGUGCGGGCAAAUGUUUAGUCUGCACGACCGUUUGGCAAAGCACAUGGCAUCCAGGCAUCGUCGGCAAGGUCUCCAUGAUGCUUCGGCGAAAGCAUACCUAUGCGACGUGUGUCAGAGGAGUUUCGCCAGAUCGGACAUGUUGACCAGGCACAUGAGACUGCACACUGGCGUGAAACCGUACACGUGUCGGGUUUGCCGGCAGGUAUUCAGUAGAUCCGACCACCUCAGCACCCACCAGCGAACUCAUACCGGCGAGAAACCGUACAAGUGCCCGCAGUGCGCCUACGCGGCCUGUCGCAGGGACAUGAUCACCAGGCACCUCAAGACCCACAACCGAUGCGCGGAUGGUCCCACCCCGAAGACCGAGCCUGGUUUGCUCACCGGUGAGGAGUGCCCCACUUUCGGCCAAAACGUGGCGGCGGCGCCAUCGGCGGUCAUCAAGGCCGAAUGACGACGGCCAGUCGGAUGACCCUGGCUGCAUGCCAGCUCGAGAUCCCAACGAAAACAUCGCAGCAGGAUUGAUCGAGGAUCAGGAAUCUUCGCGGUUCGAUCAGGACUCCGUUUUGGGAACGUUUCGAAGGAGCAAAGUCGCCGCUAGGCGACCUUUAUUGCAUCAGCUGGACGUUAGGAAGAAUUGGUAUUCGAAAAGAUCGCAAUCUGAUGGAACCGGAUCGGUGGAAAGGAGGAUUUGUUCCGCUGUCGAAAUUCGAUUUUUUGGGGACUCCGUUGGACGCUGAUGAAAGUCCUGUGAUCGACUUUAAGAUUUUCGAACCACCCUUUUUGAAGAGUUUGCAGACACGUUAAUUUCGCUCUUUCGCUGCGUUGCUUUUGUUUCCUUUUUUUCGAGAAAGGCAUGAUAAAUUUAAAAAAAUUUGCAAAUUGAUUGCAUAAACUUUUUCUUUUUAUAUUCAUGACAUUUAAUAUAAUAUUUUAUAAUACUAAAAGUGUGUAAUGAUAAUGUGCGCAUAAUAUUGGGUCCCAAAAUAUCAAAUUAUUCUGUUUUAAAAACAGUUUUGCGAUUUUUUUAUCAUAAAAUAUCUCCCUCUCUAUUUAUUCUCCUCAGCGAAAGAGUUAAAUUAACAUGUCGGAAACAUCACGGACAACUUCGCUUCUGUGAGUAUUAUAUCGUAUUACUUAUCAAGAAAUUAACUUUUCGUCUGACGAUCCUCCGAAUUACUUAAAAACUAUGCCAUGCGGUAUACAUGAUUAUACAUGAUUUCAACAGCGAACAAUGCCGAACAGUAUUACCGUACUAUUUUGACCUCCGUUUCUGAUUCCGCUUCCAUGAUUCGCGCAUUUUUAUUCCAGAUAUGUAAAUGUUUUUCGCGAUACUUAUUCAUGUCAUGGCCGUAAUAUUAAUCGAAAAAUACUCCGAUAAUAAUGCGAUUGAAAAUAUUUUCUACGUUAGUGGAAGAAUAAUCUAUUUGCAAACGCGCUUUAAAUAAUUCUACUUUGGAUAAUUUAUUAAUUUAUUAUUCUCCCCUUAUUCCCACAAUCUACCAAAUAAGAAAACUAUUUAUUUAAUAGAUAAAUUCUCAAGGUCCGAUCUGAUUUUCUUCUAAGAUUUCGGACUUGACUGUUUGUUAUAUCAGUGGCUGUUAAUUCUCGGACAUUUUUCAAUCAUUGUUGUUAAAAUAUAUCAGUUGGCUGCUCUCUGUGUACAUCCUCUGCUCUCUUGUUCUCGAUGCGUAAAGUUAAGGCACACAAGCCGGAAGUAAAGCAUUCCUGUUCGGCCGCAUAAGUACCGCGCGGUGCACAGAGAUACAUGGAAGCGGGGCUUAAAGGCUCGGCGUCAGAGUCGAAUCGUGUUUAAAUCGUGCUCGUAAAACGAUCACGUGUCCAAUAAUACUGUAUGUACAUAAUUGCGCGUUAUUUCUUCGAAGACUCUCCUAAUCUUUAACAUUAAAUGUGAGGGAAACGGGAACGUAGCCCGUUGGCGACGCGAAUACACGUGCCAAAUUCUUCGAACAAAUAUUUCGGACACGCGAUUAACGCACGUGUCAACCCCAGUUAACUGCACAUUGACAUUUACUGGAAACCGGGCUUUUGAUAUACUGUUAUUUCUAUCUUUUCUAUUUUUUAUAUAAAUUCUUUAGCUAAAGGAUCUGUUGACGUUGUGUUUGAGGCCCGAAUGUAGUCGGAAGAUUGUAUCAAAGCAAAGGUACGCGAAGAAUGUGAAGAAGGUCCAAUAAAUUUCAAUGUGCAGUUCUAAAAUUGUAUUGUUUAAAACAUAUCCGUCAGUCAAGCUCGAUCUGCGAAAUGGACAAAAAUGAUUGGUUGACUAGUGAGAAUAAUAUCUCAAGCAAUCUCGAUGGAGGACGCGGCAUCAAUUAUUUAAGUCACAAGAGAAUUGUAUCUCAUCGAGGUUACUUGACGCCAAUAUUUUUCUCAACGUGCCCAUAUCUGUAAAUAGCGAGUCGCCAUUGAUAGCCUCGACGAUUCGCCCGAACCUGCUCAAGUUGUUGUUACUUGAAAAAUUGUUAAGACGACUUUCAAGUUGUCGGAGAAAACCUGCGAAGCAGUGAUGUAUUAAUAGUUAUAAACGUAAUCGCGAUCGUUCUUCUACGGUAGACAUUUUGUUAGUACGUCAUCGAAAAAUCGACCGAUUGCGAGAAUGUGGAACAACGUUAAAAAGAAAGAAGCGUACCUGCAGCGUGAAAAAAAACUCAACGUUAAAACAUAAUAAAGCGUAUAGAGGUAACGUUAAUUAGUGAGUAAUAUACAUACUAUUGACACUAUUAUUGCAUUUUAUUAUUGUAUAACUAUUGCGAUUAUAAUUACUCGCGCCGUCGCACGCCGCGAUAAUAAGGGAGAUGACAUAUUUUUUUAUACAUACGCUCGAAGAGAGGAGAGUGUCUCCGACUUCGAUAUCGCAAACGCGAAGAUCAGCUUGGCUGUUCUUCCAAGUUUCCUCGAAAUUAAUGUUAAUUAAAGCGCGUCAGACAUCGUCAGAAACGAUUACAUCGGCGCCAGUUCGUUAUCGAGGAGUGAACGCUCAAAUUGACGCGAUCGAUACGGUUGUUUCGAGUUUUUAGCGUUUUCCUAUGGAAAAUAAGUGUGCAGCGGUCGUUACGGCGCGAUUAAUUGGAACUGGUUGUGGUGCUUAAAGCGAAGAAGGGCGAAUCUGACGGGUAUCUCUGCGCUGUGAAUCGACGAAGACAAUCUUAAAGUAUACUCGAGCCAUGAUCUCCGCGCGCGCAAAAUCGCCGAGCCGAGCGAAUACCGAAUUAAACACGCUAACGUUAUUCUAAAGUCGUACAGUAUGCAAAACGUACGAUACGUGUGCAUAAUUUACACACUCCUUUCCACAAUCCUGGUUUUAAAGUCGAAGGUAUUAAGAGAGACAUGAUUAUUAUAAACAGAAUAAUAAAUAGAUGACAGUGUCAGGAAAGCAACGUGUCAGGAAAACAACAAUUAACGGGAUGUUCACAUUAAAAAAUUGUAAUGAAAAUUGUGUCUCUUUAUACUACUAUCUUGUUCCCUCGGCCCCUCGAUGAAAAGAACACAAAGUCGUGUCUUAUCGCGGGCACGUCAAUUCCACAUAGUUCUACGAUAAUCAUAUGGUGACUCGCUGAGCAGUACGUGCCGACAUAAUACUCGAGCUUACUCAGCGCGCUUCGAUUUCGUCCUUAACCCUUAUCCUAUACGAAUUACAUAUACGAAUGUAUAUUCAUGUGCGUCCUCACGAUUGUGUCUCCUAUUCCUCUCCGGAAAAAGAGAACGUGUCAGCGCUCGCUGAUGCACUCACGGCACGCGCAACGCGUACUAGGUAUAUCUGUAUUUUUGUAUAUCAAGAUUUUUUCUAAUUACUACCAAUUAAGAGCGUUUCCAGAGGAAUGGGACGAAUAGAUAUUAAGGAGAAAGUAUUGUGCUCUCUGCUUGCCAUUUUACUUGCCCCCUUGAUCGAACGAUUGCUUGGAAGGCGGUGUUUAUCGUACGGUGCGACGCGCGAGAGAAGUCGUCGAAUCGGAGGAAGCUUGUUUUGCUCUCAAAUUAUUAAAAGUUUGCUCGCUACAUCGAAAGAGCGAUCAGUUCUGAUUCUCCUAAUCAAUACUAUUGGUUGAGUGAAUUUAUUUUUAUUUGUACGGUUGGAAAGUUUGAUGUACCCCAAAGUAAUAAACGGAAAACUGCAUUGAAACAUUUAAACACGUGAUUAAUUCAAGUGCCAUUCAUGCCGUUUGAUGUCUAACUUGUCCAAUAACAAAUGUAUUCUUUUUUCGUUCGUUUUGCCUGCUUCUUCUUUUUCUGCAUGAUUAUUGAGCAUUGAGGCCUCUGACUUGACGUUAUCCCUCGCACCGAUUCAGCCUUAAACUGACAGAAUCUCUUAUGUAAUAAGUCUGUAGUAACUUAAGUAAGGGAAGAAGUGAGAAUGAAACAAACACGUUCGACGUGUCUUCGGGCAGUUAAGCGAUCGCCGUGCCAGACCUGUUCUUGUAAUUAUUAACAAGUAUAGCCAUUCGUAUAAUUAUUAUUAUUUCUAUUAUUAAUAAUAUUAUUAUUAAUUAUUAUUAAUAUUAUUAAUAUUAUUAUUAUUAUUAUUAUCUCUAGUUACGUUGUUAAGUGAUUAAUCAUGUUUAAUGCUUCUAUUAUUUAUUUUGUUAUCCCGUUCAUGAGUCAAGCUUCCUUUCCCUCACUUCCUCCUUUUUCUUCUUUCAUCCUGCCUUAGUAAUUAUCCAUUUUAUCCAUUUAUUCCUGUCGUCACCUUAUCUCCGAAUCGAAAGAGGGAAGGAGAGAAAGAAUCCGAUUUCAUAAUUCCGGAAUUUAUAAAAUCGAAAAAAAGAAAAAAGAUAUUGAAUUGCGACUCUUUAAAGGAGACUAAAACUGUUAGAAUCUCAAACUCAUCUCCCAUUUCUCUGACUUACAUGGCAUAGAAAAAGCUUGUCUCCGAAGAGAUUUUGAUCUCCGAUUCCCCCAAGCGAAAGUAUAUUACCUUUUGUAACGAUAAAACGCUCAUGAGAAUUUGUGUAAAUUAUUGAUGAUGAUUGUGUACGUUAAUUUAUAAAUUAUGUUGUGUUUACGAUUCGUGCCAGAAUGAAAAAAAAUAUAAUUUUUCAACGAAU